GCUCAGACUGUUGAAGGAGGAGCGUCGGCUGGCGGGUGCGUUUGACGCUCGUCAGGAGCUGCUGGAGCGGGUGGAGCAGGUUCAGGCGGAGAACGGGGCGUUGAAGAUGGAGUACGACGCCCUGCUGGAGCGACAGCGGGGUGCGGAGACGAGCCUCAGAGAGGAGAAGGUCCGAGGAGGGCACCUGCUGGAGGACAUGAUCCAACUGAAAAAACAGGCCGCCGCCCGCAUGAACAGCCGCAACGAACGCAGGUCCAGAGCUCGAGAGGCCAACCUGCAGAAGGAGCUGCAGACUGCUGCGAGGUCAAAGGUCAGCGUGGACAGUCCUUCCAGCGCUCCGACCUCCAGAUCCACGUCUCCAAAGAACGAAAACGGGUCCACAGAGAGAAAACACACCCGACUGUUCAGAUCAGCGUCGGUGACGUCCCCGAGGAUCCUGUCCUCCAUCAAAGAGCUGUUCGAGAAGAGGCGGGGCCACUCAGUCUGCAGUCUGGAGGAGGAUCUGAUGUGUCCUGUAGGAGUCUGUCUGUCAGCCCGGGUCCCCGUCAGAGCUCGACAAGUACUGGAGGCCCACGAGCAAGGCAUCAACGCUGUGAGGUUCAGCUCCAGCUCCGACCUGCUGGCCACCGGAGGAACUGACCGAGUCAUCAAACUGUGGGAGGUCAGAGCGGGCUCGCUGACUCACAGAGCGACUCUGGAAGGCAGCACAGAGGGAAUCACCUGCAUCGAGUUCGACCCAAUGGGUCGGAGGAUCCUCGCCGCCUCCUACGAUAAGUCGGCCCUGCUGUGGCGGCUGGAAGACUCCGUUCCCAAGCUGACUCUAACAGGUCACAGCAGGAAGGUAACGGCGGCGAGGUUCAGCAGUCUUUCUCACCAGGUGGUGACGGGCAGCGCAGACUGAACCAUCAGACUGUGGGACCUUCAGAGAGCCGCCUGUGUGCAGGUCGUGGAAGUGGCGUCGUACUGCAGCGACCUGGUCUGCUCUGAGAACUGUAUCAUGAGCGGACACUACGACUGUAAGAUCAGAGUCUGGGACACCAGGACGGUCAGCUGCGUGCAGGAGCUUCCCGCUCAGGGUAAAGUCACCUCGCUGGACAUCAGCUCCGACCACCGCAAGCUGCUCAGCUGUUGCCGUGACGACUGCCUCCAGCUGGUCGACCUGAGGAGGUGGAGCAACGACCGCAUGUGCUUCAGAGAGGAGGGCUUUAAAUGUGGCAGCGACAGCACCAAAGCUGUGAUCAGUCCAGACGGGUGCUACCUCGCAGCCGGAUCGGCAGACGGCGCUGUUUACAUCUGGAACGUCUCCACUGGCAACCUGGAGACCCGCCUGCCUGACAAACACAGUUCAUCCAUCAGUGCUGUCUCCUGGUCACUGUCCGGUGAAUACGUCGUCAGUGUGGAUAAAAGCAGGCUGGCCGUCCUCUGGACUGACAUCUGAAGCAGCCAAUCUAUAAAGAAGUGUCCCGGCAACAAACUAACUGAUCUGAGCGCUGCCAAAAGGAACCUUUUUUAAGCUAUUUGUUGAUUGGACCAAAAGGGAUGUGAAACGUUCUUCUCAAGUGCCUUUUUUGCAUUUUAUAACAUAACUUUGGAGCAUUAAUACAGACAAAAAAAAGGGAAAACCGACAGUUUCCACCAACAUUAAGUUUUAUUGACAGUAAAGACAAAAGGAAACCAGCAACCAAGACAUUCCUGUAAUGUUUGAAACAUAAAGAACAACUUUAUUAUGAGACCAAUGUGUUUUAGCUCAUCAGUCAUCAUACAGGACAUAAUAUAUACUGGAAUAUUUAACAAAAAGGUUAAAAAAUAUAAAAACACAUCCAGUCAUACAUAGAGUACAUAGAUCAUAGAGUAAGGAGUGAGACGCCAUAUUCAGUCUUUACCUAAAUGCUCCUAUUUUGUUGGUCCGUCCAGGAAGUUGUGAUGUUGCCAAUCCCAGUGCAUUCAGCUCGACCUUGUAAUUUAAUCCAAUCAGCAAAACUUUUGACGUCACCAAACUAUUAGGGGAGCAAAUCUUUCUUUUGAACCUGAAACCUGUUGGUCUCACAGUAUAGUUUUUCUUUUUAUUUUGACCUUUUCAGACUUUUUGGAUUCUUUAUUCAGCUUUGGAAGAAGCCUGAAAUCCUCAAGUGAUACCAGCUGAUUUUUUCACUUGUUUUAGGAAAAGUAAAAAUUACAGACAAAAGAUGAGGCAUUUGCAGAGGUCAGAUGCAGCUGUGCAGCUCUCGGCGGUGGAUUUACAUUUAAAAGGCGCCCUGCGUUAAUCCUCUGUUUGCCUCCUCGGCUUUGAAGACUGAAGUCAGCGGCUUCAAAGAGAAAAGUCGGCGGCCGGAGGCUCUGAUGGAGCCUGAACACAUCGGCAUGAGACUGAUUUACAUCCAGCUUUAUGAUCUGAUCUGACCUCUGCCAUCUUUAUGUUAAACUGAUCAUUUAGUGACAGUAAUCAACGAGGCCACCAGACCUCAACAUGAAGCUGCUUCCACUUCAUUACCAAUAACUGAAUGAUUAUUGGAGCCAACUACAGACUGUACUCAAGACAGUUGAGACAAAACCUAGUUGAAAGAGGUUCUAGUCCAAGUCAACAACACAAAGUAUAAAGUCAAAGCUAACUUUACUGCAUAAGUUGUGAAAGAUAUUGUGCUUUUAGCUAGAUGUUAGCUAAUGUUAGCUUGUCCUUUUUUAUGAUCGGUUCCAGAAAACAUCAACUGUCCUGGUUCAUUGAGCACUUUUAUAAAAAUAUUUCUGUUGAUGGUUGUUUCCUCUCAAACAACUGACUCCAUUACAUCUGAUGUUUUUUAUUGGAAACCAAACUUUUUCUUUUUCAUGUUUUCUGUGUUAUUUAUUUGUUCAAAGUAUUUCUUGUUUAAAAGGGAACAUUUGUUAGCAUGAAAGGAAGAGCUCGGGAUUGAUGAAGAGAUAGAAACAAAAUAUUAAUUAAUAAGAGAGUCAAAGUGCUGCUGCUGUCAGAUCAGCCUGAGAGUCCAAACUAAGGGAAUAAAACUGCAGUACAGGACAGAACAUAUUUAAUUGUUUAUUAAUACAGUUAACAAAUAACAACUGUAAUCACAUGAAAUAUGUCUUCAUAAUUUAUAUGGAUUCUAAAGUAUUUAUUAUAUUUUAUUGUUUCCCCAAAAUAAAUAAGAAAUGUUCUCGUGUUAGCUUGCUUGUUAACACUGACAAACUGCUAGCGAGCAAUGUUGUUGGCUAACUGACUAAUAGUGCUUUGUUAACCCCCAGCUAACGGUUGCGUUCUACUACCCAACAGCAAUGCGAGGCAGCGUCCUUCGUGGCAUUACAGAUAUAGUAAUAGUUAUAAAUAUGAUUGUCAUUCAUUUUUCAGCAUUCAGUGUUCAUUUCAGCGUUGAGUCUCGUGUGUACAGUGUUUGUGUGUUAAUGUCUGGAGGGGGUCUUUAAGUUAUCUCACCUGCUCACCAACAUAAAUGCUCCGACUGGUUGUAAAAAAAGUGGAAAACAUUACGAUUUAUUAAAUAUAAUAUUGAAGUAAUGUUGUUCUGUCAGCGGGGGAUGAAAAGGUGUUUUAAUAUCUCUCUAAUGUUUCCACUCUGCUGUCUUUAUUUCUAAUAAACUCUGGUUUCUAACCUCC